GCCAGAUGUUUCCACUUCUUUUGACAUUGAGAGAAUGUAGUUCGAACGAUUACAAGCGGAAGGCAAAAGAUUAUUUAUCAUAUGAAAAUGGCUGAGAAGAAAUACGGAUUGAUAAAAGCUCAGAAGCCAACCACACGUUUAUUGGCAUUUGUAAGUGACAGUGAAUCUGAUGAAGAGUCAGCGACAAAGACAAUUUCAAUGGGCGAAAGUGCCACUCAAAAACGACAGGCGCGACUUCUUCAAUUAGCAGCUCAACAAGAAGAUCCAACUAUAUUUCAAUACGAUGAAGUCUAUGACGAAAUGAGUGCAAAACGUGAAAUAGAAAAAAACUCUAGAUCAAAUGUAAAUAGAGAAUCAAAAUACAUUAGCAAAUUGUUAAUUACGGCGGAAAAGCGGAAAAUCGAACAUGAGGGACGUAUUGAGAGAAAAAUGCAACGGGAACGUGAAGCUGAGGGCGAUCAAUUUAAAAAUAAGGAGGUUUUUGUUACCUCUGCCUAUCGGCAAAAAUUGGAACAAUUGAAAACGGUCGAAGAUGAAGCACGACGCGAAGAAUACUUGGAGAGUGUUGGCGAUGUACGCAAACAAAAAGAUUUAAGUGGCUUCUAUCGUCAUAUCUACGAACAAAAAAUAUGUGCCAACGAGGAAAUAAAAAACAAAGAGAGAGCAAGCAAGCGACGUGUAUAUAGAAAACGAAGUGAAAACUUAGAUGAAGAAAAAACAUCAGAAACUCCAGGAAAAAAAAAUAUUCAUUUACAAUCGAACUUGGAUGCGGACUCAGAUUUCGAUAUUGACUCCUCCUCAGACUCUGAAGAACAAAAUGUACAAACUGUUAUAAAUUUUGAUAACAAUACGAAAGAAGUAUUAAAAGACAUUUUGUUGAAAGAAGAUAAAUCAAAUACGAAGAAAGUGAAAAAGGACGGAGAACAAAUUAAUAAAGCUCAAAUUAUUGCUUUGGAGAAUAAACCAUCGUUCGCAAUAUGGCAAAAACGGACGGUUGGAGAUGAUUAUACUGCAGCUGUUAACCGAUAUUACGAACGAAAAAAGCAAAUCGCCGGAACGGGAAAUUGCAAUUACUUUUAAACGCUGGAUACAUAAAAUUCUAAAAUUGAAAUAAAGGUUAAUGAAACGAUUCUUUGAUUUGUUGCGUAAAAUGA